ACGUUUCUGCGUGUGCUAAACAGGUAAACGUUUAUGGCCCUUUUUGCGUUCCACAGCUUUUGACUACUUUAGGCCUGGUGUUACUUUUCGCUCUCCGUAAUGGAAGAGCUCGGUUUCUUUCACUACUUCUAAAUUUAGUGAAACGGUUCAUCGAUGACGGCGGGAAGACAAGGACGCGAAAAAAAACGCUCCACAACUCUGACUGUGAAUGACGUAAAGUAUUUAUAGCAGUUGUCGUCAUCGUGCGUUAAGGCGUAAUAUAAAUUGAAGAGGCGCAAAAUGCAGCUGUACAGCAGCGCGCUCACACACUAUCCGGGCUCUUCGCGGAAAUCUACAGUGACCGUAACGGCGCGGGGCGGAAACACAGAGUUCACAUCGAGCUUUAACGCCGACAAGGGAACCAACGCAGAAGCAUCAGUGGGAGAGACCUGGACAGAUACGAACAUGCCUGCCUUCUCGUGCUACGAGGCCACAAUUAGGCCCGUGUUCUAUACGUCCACAGCGGAGAUGGUCAUCAGAAGGGCGGAUGAAGUGGAGAAGUUUAUCCCUAUUCAGAUCAUGAAGGAUCUGCACACAACUUCCCGUGCUGCAAAUGUAUACAGAGCUCCGUGUAUAGAGAACAAUCUUGAGGAGUCAGAUGGCGAUUUAUUUAAUGACCUUCCUGAGCAUAGAAGAAGCACUUCAGACACUUUUGAGGAUAACGAUGAGAUAACUGAGAGCAACUCAGUACAUUUCCAGAACUUGUUAACAAGAAAUGAUUGUACAGUGGAAGAUAAAGUGUCAGAGGACCCAUUGCUGCAGCUGCAUGUAUUCCAGGACUCUGCUAGCAGGGCUGACCUCAAUGAGAAGAUUAGCCAAUACCUGUCUGAGGUGGAGAAACAGAACAAAUACCUCCAGGACAGCAAAAAGUAUCGUUUUCACAUUAUCCCAGAUGGAAAUUGCCUCUACCGUGCAGUGUCUAAAGCAGUAUAUGGUGAGCAGUCAAUGCACAGAGACCUAAGAGAGCACACAGUUCAUCAUAUUGCUGACCACCUGGAUGAGUUCAGUCCUAUUAUUGAAGGUGAUGUGGGUGAGUUUUUAAUCAAUGCAGCACAAGAUGGUGCUUGGGCUGGUUACCCUGAGCUACUGGCCAUGAGCCAAAUGCUGAAUGUGAACAUCUACCUGACCACAGGAGGAAGUCUAACAAGUCCCACUGUCUCCACCAUGAUACACUAUUUGGGUGAGGAGGACUUGACAAAACCAGCUAUCUGGUUGAGUUGGCUGAGUAAUGGCCAUUAUGAUGUGCUGCUGGACAGCUACCAGCCCAAUCCAGAGUACAAUGACUGGUGCCUGCACACACAGGUGCAACAGAGACACGAUGAAGAACUUGCCAAGUCCAUGGCAGCUACUCUAUCCAAAAUGUACAUAGAAAAGAAUGGACCUAAAUAAGCUUUUUUUGUUGUAAUUGUACAAAUAAUUUUACACUGGUUCCACAAUGUUUUGAUUUUUAUAACUGAUUUCUCAAAUUACUUUAAUCUUUAGAAAAUACCUAAUUAUAAUAUUGAAGUUUCAUUGCAUUUUACUGUAUUUAAUUGUAUUGUUCUUUUUUGUAAACAUUUGGUUAUGUUGCUGUUGCCAGAAAUGUCACAUUACAUGAAUAUCUCAAAAUGAUUAAAUGUAUUAAUUUUAUACAUGAUUCUGAUAUUUAUCUGAUUCUUAUGCUGUACUUUUAUAGCUUUUACAUGCAUUAUAUUUAUUUGUAUAUUGUAGUCUACUGUAUGGUGUCUACUUUAUGUGUUUAACAAAUGUAUAUAUUUAUAUUAGGGCUGUAACAUUUCAUCGAGUAAUUUGAUUACAAAAAUUAAUCUUCGUUUAGUCCAUUUAACUUAACGCGAACCACUGUGUUUUCCAUGGUCCAUUAUUACUCACACAUCACCCACUAAACUCUAGAGCGCUCUGGAAAGGGAACACGGAAGAUGCUACCGAAUGUAAAGUGGCUGAACGGGGAGGAAAUUAGAGAGGGGUGAGGAGAAGAUACAGGCCAAAGAAAAUGGCAGAAAGUUUCCAAAGUUUGGAAUCAUUUCAAACUUAAACAUAAAGAAAAUACCGUACAGUGCACUUACUAAAGUCAUUUGAAAUUGAUUUUCAUUUAUAUACAGUGUGGUCAAAAAGUCCCUCUGCAGUGGCUGUGUAGAGUAGGCAGUGUAGCACGUUUUUAAAGCUGGUGAUAAAUACACGGAUUUAGUGUGUGGAAAAUUUUAAGCCGCUUUUCUGGAGACAAGAAAACCACAUCAGAAUACUGUGCAAGCUUUAAUAAAUACAUAAAUGUGUGAGGAUAAUUAGAAGUUUUGUUAAACAAAUAAUUUCCCAUAACCUACUCAAUGUAGCCACUGCAGAGGGAAUUUUUUAACACAAAUGUAUUUGUAUUUUAAUGUAAUAUGGUUAUUAAUGCACUAAAUGGUUUUAGUUUACUAAAUGUCUGUCUGUCUUGACAUAGUGUCUUGAUGUUUAAUGGAAUUUGGACUAAAAUCCCACUCUGCAGUGAUCAAACAUCUCAUUAGAAGAAAAUAAUCAAAAGGCUAGACUAGCC